CAAAUUGCGUCUCGGAUACGGAAGCUACAUUGGGAAUAUUAAAGACGCAUGGAAAACUUGUGGAAAAUGUCACAGCACGGUACCAAGAAAAGAAAAUUAGACAGGAGUACAGAGGAUUACGUGUACUUUGACAGCUACUCCGAUGUUACCAUUCACGAAGAGAUGAUUGCAGACACAGUGCGCACUAACACGUACAGAAUGGGCAUUUUUAAAAACAGUAAGUCAAUAGAAGGUAAAGUGGUGCUUGAUGUGGGUGCCGGUACCGGCGUCCUGAGCUUAUUCUGUGCGCAAGCGGGUGCCAGGAAGGUUUAUGCAGUCGAAGCGAGCUCGAUCGCCGAUCAGGCUGUGAGGAUCGUAAAACUGAAUCAGAUGGAGGACACAAUCGAAGUCAUUAAAGCCACACUAGAGACGAUCGAACUGACCGAACAGGUGGAUGUGAUCGUCAGCGAAUGGAUGGGCUACGCGCUCCUCCACGAAUCCAUGCUGAACUCAGUGAUCUUCGCCCGGGAUAAGUGGCUCAAACCCGGUGGCCUUAUAUUACCGUCCCGGGCGGAUCUUUACAUCGCUCCCAUAAACGAUCUGGUGGUGGAGGCCAGAUUGAAUUUCUGGAACACCGUCAAAGCACAGUACGGCGUGGACAUGUCCUGCAUGACCGACUUUGCCAGGAAGUGCAUCAUGAACAAAGACAUCACUGUGAAUCCUGUGACGGUGGAAGAUGUGCUCUCCCACCCGUGCAAGUUUGCCGAGCUGGAUUUGAACACGAUCACGCUGGAGCAGCUCCGAGAUGUGAGGGGCGUGUUCAGCUGCCGGUGCUUCGGCUCUUCCUCCAUUCACGCCUUUUGCGUGUGGUUCACGGUGACUUUCCCCGCUGAGGAGAAGGCCCUGGUGCUCUCCACGUCUCCGUUCAAACCAGAGACGCACUGGAAACAGGCUGUGCUGUAUCUGGAUGAUGCUGUGGAUGUGAUGCAGGACACUAAAGUCGAGGGGGAAAUCAGUUUGCAUCCCUCCGAGGAGAAUUCUAGACAUAUAUGCAUCCGUGUGGACUAUGUGAUAGGUGAACAGAAAAAGCACUCCAAAACAUUUUCUAUUCCUGAUCAGUUUUUAGAAGUUAAAUAGAGAUGUGGCCGUUAUUUAUUUUUAGUUAUUUCCCUAGUCAGAUAAAAUGAAUGCUCAUGAAAUGUUAUCUUCAUUUGGAGCCAAUCUCAUUGUGAUGAGAAAAAAAAAAAAAGUAACUGGAUAUACAGAAUUAUCUUUUGCAAAGAAUCCACUAUGAAUUGUUGCUUGGAAUUCUGUAUUUGAAGUAUCUUGACACACACACACAAAAAAUCACGUUUAGACUGCUGUCUCUGGACAGCACAUGCGCAAAAUUAUUAAAAAAAAAAUAAACAGUGC